AUGUCUGUCAACUGUGAGGUUGACACAGGCGUAGGCAUCCCCAGACGAGGUCCGCUCCUCUCCGGGGCCUUAGUUGGAGCUCUGGCCAAAUCCGCUGUGGCCCCGUUGGAUAGAACCAAGAUCAUCUUCCACUUGUCCUCAGCAAGAUUCUCUGCCAAGGAGGCGUACAGGUUGCUCUACCAGACCUACCUGGAGGAUGGCUUCCUCAGCAUGUGGAGGGGCAACUCUGCCACCAUGGUACGGGGCAUCCCCUACCCUGCUAUCCAGUUCUGUGCCCAUGACCAGUACAAGAGACUAGUGGGAGGAUGGCUUCCUCAAACCCUGCCGCCUGUGCCAAGGUUACUUGUGGGCUCCAUGGCUGGUACCACAGCUGCCAUGCUCACCUACCCACUGGAUAUGGUACGAGCCAGGGUGGCCGCCACGCCCAAGGAGAUGUACUCACACAUCAUGCAUGUGUUUGUGCGGAUCUCUCGUGAGGAGGGUUUGAAGACGCUGUACCGUGGUUUUACCCCCACCACACUGUACCGUGGUUUUACCCCCACCACACUCGGAGUGGUGCCCGACACGGGACUCAGCUUCUUCACCUACGAGACACUCAAGAAAAUGCAUGCAGGUGAAACCAAUGGGAGCACUCCACAAGGUCUCAUGUGA